GCUCGCUUGUGGGCAAGCGUAAAUUGAAAAUGUCUGAACGAGCGUGUUUGGGAUUAGAGUCAUCUUCGGUGAAUGACUGAGGAUGAUGUUACACGCUUACUCUCCUCCUCCCAAUGGGUGGAGUGGAAUCCCAACAUGGUCCAGCACCAGCUGACCUAAAGUGCUUCCAGGCCCCGUCGGUACCCCAAACCGAGCCACUCAAGCUAUACAGCCGAGGGGAUUGCUUGCCUUUUUAGGAGACGCAUCGUUCCCGUCGACAUGCCAUCAAGACGCCGCGGAGGAUAACCACGCUUGAAACCUAACGUGCAUUUUUACACACAACAGGACGGACAACCGAUGAAACGCUAGAGGACAGUAACUGGAACCUCCUGAAGAAACAAUGCCGAUAGCACUGUUGGCACUGGAAAACAUUUGGAAGGGAAUUUUAGAGUGAUCAAGUCCUCUGGGGUAGGAGAGAGAAGUCAUCAGAAGUUGUAAUCAUGGAGAAAUUCAAGGCAGGUAUGGUUCUGGGUGGUGUUGGCGAUGCUUUGGGCUUCAGGAAAGGCCACUGGGAAAGUUGCACGUCAGGCAGAAAGAUCCAAGAAGAACUGGUGUCCCUCGGCGGUCUGGCAGGACUUAAGCUGGACCCCGAUAACUGGCCGCUGAGUGAUGCCGCCUUAAUGCACAUGACCACCGCAGAGGCACUUAUAACAGAUUACUGGUGCCUGGAGGACCUCUACCGAGAGCUGGUGCGUCUCUACGUGGAAGCCAUGGUGUCUCUCCAGGGUAAAAACCCCGACCCGGUUACGGUGGAAGGCUGUGUACACCUCAAGCCUCACAAUUUUCUCCUCGCUUGGCAUACACCCUUCAAUGAAAAAGGAUCCGGAUUCGGGGGUGCCGCUAAGGCCAUGUGCGUGGGGAUGAGAUACUGGCAACCGGAUCGACUAGACAGCCUGGUAGAGGUCAGCAUUGAAACUGGAAGGAUGACCCACAAUCAUCCCACAGGUUUCCUGGGCUCCCUGGCAACGGCAUUGUUUGCAUCCUAUGCAAUCCAGGGAAAGCCGCUUGGGACUUGGGGACGCGAGCUCAUGAAAGUCAUCCCUCGUGCCGAGGAGUAUUGCAGGAAGACCAUAUGCCACAUGGCGGAGUAUCAGGAAAACUGGUUCUACUUUGAGGCAAAGUGGCAGUUUUACUUGGAAGAACGACAACUCGAAAAAGAAGGGCAGAAUAAGCCCUUCUUGGACAGUCGCUAUGAUGCCGAAGAGACGGAUAAGAUUUACAAGCGAUGGAGUUCAGAAGGCCGUGCGGGGCGGAGGGGUCACGAUGCCCCGAUGAUCGCCUACGACGCCCUUCUGAUUGCAGGAAACGACUGGGCCGAACUGUGCAAGCGAGCCAUGUUCCACGGAGGGGAGAGCGAAGCCACGGGCCUAAUCGCCGGUUGCUUCUAUGGUCUCAUGUACGGUCUAAGCCAAGUUCCCUCCAACCUGUAUCAGGGUUUAGACAAAAGGGAGCGUUUGGAAGAACUGGGAGAGGCGCUUUACAAAGCCGCAUCGGCCGAGAAGUGCAUAGACAAGUAAAAGUCCGCUUCACAAGCCCAACAGGAAGCGCACGAGCCAAAGAACCCGCACUGUCCCUUGUCCUGGCAGAUUCUUUCCAAUGUAACAUUAUCCUCUCGAGUGUGUGAGAAAAUAUUAACAUUUGUCUUUUUCACUAAUUAGCAUCUAUUCCACAUGGAAGUACUGUAACUCACAUUAUGUGGAAUGUUUUUUUUUUAAUAUGUAUGGAUCGGAUGGUGUUUGAUUGCUGUGGAAAGACUUUUGCAAGUGUUAAGUAAACUUUAGCAACCCGAAGCUAACACUUAGCUUUUUCUCCCUUGAACUGCUAACCUGUUUUUGAGCGCACUUAAACGGAGAAUUUUUCGAGGUCAAUACAGACGUACACUACCAUUCAAAAGUUUGGGGCCACAAAAUUGUUUGGGUGACCCCAAACUUUUGAACGGUAGUGUAUAUAUUUAUUUAGAUA